AUCCUAUAGAUACAAAUUCUUGUUUAACGAAAAAUAAACUUAGUUCCAUUUCAGAAUUAGCGACAGAUGUUAAUAAUAAUGACGAUGAAACGAAUGAUAAUAAAAUUAUUAGUGAAGACACAUCUGGUGAGGUUGAUAACUUUAAAAGAAAACUUUCAGACCUUAAUGAAGAGGACAUACACCACGAAAAUAAAAAAGUUUCUAUUACUGAAAAAAUUGAUUCUGGGUUUUGUGUAUUUGAGAACACCAAAAAUUCUGAAAAAUCUAGCUUUGGAAGGGGUGAGAUCGCCAUAAACUCAAGUCCACCAGAAUUAUUGCUGAAAGGUACUUUUGGUGAAACUAACUGUUUCUCUAGUUACACCACAAAUAACGAGUGUGUAAAAGUUGAAAAAGCUGAAAAAAUUCAGGAAGAGUUUCUUGAAGGUCCUGUAGAGCAAGUUGAUUUAGUUCUUGAUUCUUCUACAACUUGUUCAAUUCUCCCUUUAUCACUUAAUUCGAAACCUGUUGAAUUAACUGCUUGUAAGGAGAAGAAUACUGGAAAAUAUGAACCCUGUAAGGAUAAAUUAAAAGGGGUGGAUCAGUUGAAAGAUACUAUUCAACUAGAAACUGGAACGCACCUUGCUUCACUUGCUCAUCUCUCUGUACUACCGUCAACUACUUCUACUUUACCACAUCACGUUUACGAGAGAACGUUUUCAAGUGGGCACUAUGUAAACAGGAUCAAAUCUCAUUUACCGAAGCAGUCUAUUUUUCCCGAUCCUACUGGAAUUAAAAAGUUAUCUGGUCAGACUAGACCACUUUCAGUCAGAAGACAACCUUUGCAACGCUCUGAAAGUCAUGAACAGCAACGCAUGCGGCCACAAGUAAAGACUCAACCUAAGCUUGAUUAUACUGAAAUAAAACUUGUAAGACAUCCUCGCAACCCCACUGUACCUGUAUUGAGGCCGGAAGUACGCGGUCACAUUUGUAAGCAGGUAAAUUAUUACCAAAGAGAUGAUAAACCUGUAGGAAAAGGGACUUUUGGAGAAGUUUACAAAGGGAGAGAUCCUGUAACUAAACGGGAAUUCGCCUUAAAAAAAGUUCUAAUGGAAAACGAAGUGGAAGGAUUCCCGAUUACGGCUCUGCGUGAAAUUAAAAUAAUGAGGUUUAUAAAUCAUGAAAACAUACUCCAUCUUGAAAGUGUUUGCCAAAGUGAAGAGGAUCUAUUUAUAUGGUUUUUGAGUGGAUGGACCACGAUUUGGCGGGACUUCUGAAGAGAGAUGAUAUCAUGUUUUCCGUCGCGCAAACAAAGGGUUAUUUUAAGCAGUUAUUAGAAGGACUUCACCACCUUCACAGGCAUAACAUACUACACAGAGACUUAAAAUCCUCGAAUAUACUAAUUAAUAAUAACGGUAUUUUAAAAAUUGCCGAUUUUGGAUUAGCUCGAAAGUUUGACUCUAAACAACAAGAGCAAGGUUUUCCGCUAUUAUUCGUCUUAUUCUGCGACUUUCAUAUACUUUACCGCUUGGUCAAAGGCUUGACUAACCGAGUAGUAACUUUAUGGUAUCGGCCUCCGGAACUUCUGUUAGGCCAGAAGCAUUAUGAUACCAAGAUUGACAUGUGGGGCUCUGGCUGCAUUCUGGGAGAAUUGUUUUUGAAGGAAGAACUACUAAAAGGUUCGGAUGAGUUGGACCAACUGCGUAGAAUUAGUAAACUUUGUGGAACCAUCAGUGAAGAAAAUUGGCCGGUGAGUAUCUGUCAAGAGUUUUUAACGAUUUAUUAAAGGGGUGUCGAAACUCCCCCAGUUUCAUAUUUUUAAAUUUCCCGACGAGCAACGAACUGUGCGUGAAAGAUUUAAAGAUCUGAGCGAGGAGGCGGUGGACCUCAUUGAUAAACUGCUCUGCUUAGAUCCUGCAAAACGCUUAAGUGCCUUU